AUGACAAUGAAGAGUCACCAUCAGACUCAUUCCCUCAUGAGCAACCCCAAUUGGGUGGAAAACCCAUUCUCAUUUGCAAACCAGUUUUCUCCUGCUGAUUUCAGUGGGUAUGCUCCCUUGUGGGAAAAUGAAGUCCCCCAGAUGAUGCAAGACUAUAGCUUUGUUGAUGCUCUUCCUGUCAUGGAGACAUGUCUGAAUCUCCAUCACGACCCUUCUUACUCCAAUCUUGACAUUCAACCCAUCCGAAGCCUAUUUCAAGAUUCUGAAUAUGUUGGAGGUGUUAUUUCGUUUGGAGAGAAUACAAAUGAGACUGAGAAUGGAGUCCAUAUUGAGGUGUUCGCUUCUGGGUUUGAACAACCUAAGCAUGUUCAUCAUCAAGAAGAACACGAACAACAUCAACAAGAAAAGCAGCAACCUAUUCUGCCGCUUCCUAGCAAUGAAGACCAGAAUGGUGUUGAUAGAGAACAUGUGGGUGAAGAGAGGAAGCAUAAGGGGCGGUGCAUGAGAGUUGACGAAGUGAAAAGUGGUAGUACUACUCGAAGCCAUUCGUCAUCAAGAUCGUUGUCGAGGGAAACAAUCUCCCAAUACUUCUACAUGCCAAUAACUCGGGCAGCAAAAGAACUCAACAUUGGCCUGACCUUAUUGAAGAAAAGAUGUCGCGAGUUGGGUAUUCGUCGUUGGCCCCAUCGGAAACUCACCAGCCUCCAAACCCUAAUCCGGAACAUCCAGCAGUUGGGAAAGGAAGAAGAUAACGAAGAGAAGCUUCGGCGCCGGCAUGCGAUCGAGUUGUUGGAGAGGGAGAAGAAGCAGAUGGAGGAAGCUCCGGAUAUGCAACUGGAGGACAAUACGAAGCGGUUGAGACAGGCUUGUUUUAAGGCCAACUACAAGAAGAGAAAAUUAAUGGGGAUGAAUCUGAUUGAUUAUCCACUCCAUUCUUCAUAUUCCAACACCAUUGAUAAUCGUGGAGGGAAGUUCAUGACUAUUCUUGGAAAUCGAGGAGACGAGGAAGACGAAGAGAUUAAGUCGCUUUUGUCUGAUUCCUUUUCAUCUUCUUCUACUAUGAUGACAUAA